AUGGAUCCAGAAGGCUCUGAUAUAACCCUGGAUAUUUCUCCAUACUUUGGGGCAACCUGCAAGGUCAUUUUCCAGGAUGGAGUCAAGGCGACUGUACAUCGCAAUGUUAUCCCUGCAGACCUACGAAUGAGCACCCGCUAUUCCCUGGAUAAGCCCGUUACCUUGGAUUUGAAAGAUAUCGACACAGGCACAGGACACAUGAUCGUUCAUUUCUUGUACUCUGGGAAGUACGAGUCUCCCAAGUCCAGCAAUUGUUCUGAGGUCGAAGCCACUAUCUAUGAGCUUGAGCUAGCAUUCAAAGUGCAUACUGCCUCUCUCUGCUUGAACAUGAAGACCCUCCAAGUUCUCACUGAGGAUGAGAUCUUGAAACUCAGCGAUCAGUUGAGCUUCCCGUUAGUCCUCGGUGUCAUAGGGAAAUCUGAGAUCGAUUUCGCCAAAUUCCCAAGAUAUGCAGAGUACCUUCAGUCUCACCUGAUCUCCCUGAAGAUGGACUCUUUGGACCAAACAGCAACUGAUAUUCUAUUGAAACUUGAGACACCGGAUACCUUCUGCAUGGUACUUCUCAAGACACUCGUUGUCUUGGGUAGAAAGGCAGCCAGCAAGCAGCCUGAUGUGGAUAGAGACUACCGCGAGACGGAGUUGUCUCUUAUACAAUCUCUGGCAGAACAGGCUGAUGAGAUCGACAAGGCAAAUGAAGAGAUUGAAACACUUCAAAGAAAGGAAAAGCAGGGUCUACAAUUGAUAAAAAUGUAUGAUGAGAUCACGGUACUUCACAGGAAGAAGGGGAUCAAUGGAGGAAAACUCGCGAAAAAGUACCAAAGACAACUGGAAGUUCUUGAAAGACAGAUUGCUGCAUGUAAGUUGGAACACAACCAAGAGCAGACGGAGGAUCAGUCUGGAGAAGGUGUGGAAGAGGAUCACCAGUCUACAGAUCAAUCAGCCCAUCACGACGAAGAGCCCGCUGAAGUUCACGUUGAGCAGGAUACCCCGACAGAAGAUGUCGAAUCCAACUGGGGAGGUUAUAAAUCCCUUGGACACGUUAUGAUUCAUUAUCUUGUUACGGAAAGAUAUGAAGGUCUCAAACCAACUGGAAAAACUGAAGAUGAGCGGAAUCGCUCUGAGCUGGCAACUGCCUUCUGGGUCCAUCUCAGGGCCGGGGAUUUGGAACUACUAAGUCUUCAAGAGUUGGCACAAUCCGAGAUGAAGCGCCUCGUGAGCAAGAUGAACUUGGUUUCAGUGGCCCAAACUCUUGAAGGAACGGGGAUAUCCCUUGACAACAACCCGGUUCUGGAAGCGCAUCUGGCCGACCAGAUCGACCUUGCUCUGACACAGUCUUCCAAGGAAUCUCUCAACUCCUUGACCACUCAGCUAGGGCUGCCCAAAACUGUCAGCAUGUUAUUUCUUGAGUACAUUCUUGAGUCUCAGAAGUCGCUGCUUGACGCCCAAGGUUACAAUGAUGAAGAAGCUUCUCCUGAUUUGUCUUGGGUCCAAUUUGAGAAGGAAUUCCAAGCACUAGUGCAGAAGUUCUCCUGGAUAAAUCCCACCUACAAAGACUCGGCACUUCAACGAGAGCUCCGAGUAAAGGCCGUCAGGGAACCACAGGAGAAGACAGCCCUUGAAGAUCGCAUGUUGAAGAAUGGAAGGCUGAACUUUACUGAUCAAGCCCGCCUGGAGACACUGCAGAGCAACGCAACUCACAGGGCUAUGGUGAUGGCUGAAUGUGAGAAGGAUAUAGCUGCUACAAAGGAACAGGUUCGCCAGAUGAGCAAACAAGCCGAAAUCCUUACUAGCCGGUUGAUUAGAGAGAACCGUUAUGAAACAUGGUUGCAGUGGCGUAAGGCACAGAAAGGGGUUUUGUACUUCGAGCAGUUUACUUGUGAGACUGCAGAGGAAGUGACAAGCCGGGGAACGGAUGAGUCUAGUGACGACGGGAUAAUGACUCCUAGUACUGACUCGGUUCAUGAGUCAGCAACUGAAACACCAAGUCUGCUCGUAAAAGAUGAGACCGUUCGACGAAGCCGCGCAGAGUCGGAGAGAAUCGCCAAGCUAAGGCUGGAGAUGGAGAACAAGAGGUUGAAGAGCCGUCUUCAAGAAAGAGCACUACUAUCUAAGGGCGACUACGUGAUAAUAUCCAUCCUCUUCAUAUUUUUUGUCCUUUGGUAG